CGGUCAAGUUUUUCUCGUGGUCUGUAGUCAUCUAUAGACUUUUUGCACAAUCUUGCGUUACCGAGCGAAGACCAUUCCAUUUUCACGCAAAAGAGAAACUUGUUGCACAUAGCGAAGCAUUUAACCACCGUUCACCAUGUCUGUGGCUGAGUUUUUAAAUGGAUUACCUUCGUAUAAUGAGAACAAUUUUACACGCUUCCACUCUGACAAUGGAAGUCGUACAAGUGUGAAGCGGCCCUCUGUCUACCUGCCUACCAAAGAGUAUCCAUCAGAACAAAUUAUUGUUACUGAGAAAACCAAUAUCCUUCUAAGAUACCUUCACCAACAAUGGGACAAGAAGAGCCUCCAAAAGAAGCGAGAUGGUGUGGAUGCUGGAGAGGACUUUACCUGCCCCUCUCGCAAACGACCCCGAAUGGAAAAUGGAUCUGCAUCAGCAGCACCAUGAUCAGAGUCGUCUGACGUUUGGGACACAUUUGCCCUCAUCUCAUCCACCUGCUGGCCAAGUUGUCCCUGUCUUCAUGUGUAAAAAUGACCUAUCAGCUGAUGGGCAAAGUGUUUUUGUGAACUGAAUUUUGUACAAGGACAGUUUGAUUUUUUGACUCCAAAUGUAAUGAAUAUUACCUCAUUUGUACCUCAGAAUUCAAACAGGAAAUUUUUUCUCAGGAAGUAAGUGAAAAUUUAGUUGGUGUUUUAUUUAUUUAUUUUCAGUCUUCCCCAGAACCUGCCAAAAUGAGAAUCCUUAGCUUACAGCCUAAUACAGCUACUGAGCGAAUAAUUGGCUAUUCUUUUCUGUUGAAUCCAUCAAUAUUCUAGUGUUGCAUCCCGAAGACCUUUGUAAAUUUCUUGUAUAGAUGUGUACAUAUUAAGCUUGCCCAUACCUUGCUAUCAUUUUCAUGGCACAGUUUUUUACACUAUCAAUAUGAGUGUUCUACACUGUGGUAUUGAUUAUGGUAACUCGAGUAUGGUCAACAUCUUCUCAUAGGCAGUGUGUUUGUUUAGAAAUUAAUGAAAAUACAGAUUCAACCUAGCUGGUUUACCGAUGUCAUAAGUUCUAUUUGAAAUUGUACCAACUACUUAUGCAGCUCUCUGAUGUGACUUACUAAAUGCUCUCCCUCCAGUCUCUAUAUUUUGGCAAAAGCAAAUAAUCAAGUCAAAUUUUCUUGUACCAUUACAAGUGUAAUAGUAAUAAAUGAUAUGUGAGUAGCAUCCAAUGAUCCUCUGCAUUUAACUUUCAGUAUGUGACUGCCAAUCAACCCAUUGCCUUUUGCUAAUUGGAAACUGAUAAGCUGCUAUGUUCAUUUAUCUAGUUAUUGUGUCUGUGUGUGAAAAUCUUUCUUUACAAAAGGUUAAGCAGUCUUCUGGUGUGAUAUAUAAAUAACAUUUUUUUAAAACAAAACUAAAAAAAAAAGAAGAAAAAACAAGGAUGCAGUUGACAUGUAAACUUGUCGCAGCCCCCCCUGUGAUGUUGGCUGUUUCUUGCAUGAGUUGUGGCCGUUCCGCUCUACAUUGCACAAAUUAUGCAUUUUUUGUGUCCUGUGCAUCUGAGUUUAAUAUAUCUUAAAAAAAUAUUUCUCUCAAAAAUUGAUUGUAACUUGGCGUAAUAACCAUCAAUACUGUGGAUUCCACCUGGGUGUAAUAAGGAUUGCCUUCAUGUGUUGGGUGGUUGUGAGACAUGUCUGUCUGUGUGCUCUUAGAUAUAUGUUGCUCAUUGUAUAUAUUAUUUACAUUCGGAAAUUCCGAAACCUAUUGCUGAUUUUUUUAAAUUGGUUACAGAUCUAGAUUUCACAAUUUCUUUUAUGGAUCCUUUGUCGUUAAAUUAAUGAAAUGCAAUCUGUAUUAUGCUCUUUUGCAAUAGAAUGUGCUAGACCAUGUGUCUAUAAUAUUGAAUACAUCCCAAUUCUUGCUGUGAUUUAUUUUCUGUAUUAUUUCCCUUGAUUUUGUUUAGCACAUUAUGCACAAUUAUUAAGAAACAUUUUCCAUAGGAAGGCGUCAGUUGCCAAUUAUGUGGUCGGUCACAUUUAGUGAUCAGGUGUGAUGACCCAUGAAAUGUUUUCAAUAAAGACUUUUGUGUUCAACAUCA